UCCUACACAAAGAUCACCCAGCAAGAACACCAUGACCAAGGCCGCCGCACCCUCGGUUGCGGCUGCGGCUGCGGCGACGGCGCUGGUACUACUAGCGGCGACGCUCCUGACGACCGUGGCAGAUGCACGGCCUCUCUUAGAUAUGUACUCCCAACCAUUGCAGUCUCGCACCCACACCCACUCGCGAGUGAGUUGGAUCUCCAUGUCGUCGAGCCCCGAAAUGCCCAGUGAUUCGUCGGAUCAGUCAACAAAACUGGAUGUGAUUGGGAGAAUCUUGCCACGCAAGAUCAUACCGCCCUCCGGACCUAGCAACGGCAGCUCCGGCGAUCGGCCACCUCUGUCGACGGCGCCGGAUGUUGUUGGGAAGAUCUUGCCACCAAAGAUCAUACCGCCCUCUGGGCCUAGCAAUGGCAGCUCCGAUGACUCGCCACCUCCAUCGACGGCGCGGGACAUGGUUAAGCCCUUGCCACGGAAGAUCAUACCACCCUCUGGACCCAGCAACGGCAGCUCCGACGACUCGCCGGCACCGCCGAAUGUCAUGUAACUUCAGGCAGGAGCAUGAAUAAAAAGCAUGAUGAUAGGUCAUCUACUCUGAAAAUUA